AUGAGUAGAUCCCUGAGUUUACGGUUAUCAAGAAGACAAAAGAAUAAUGUGUACAGCUACACAGUGGACACAACGGGGCUUCCCGUUAAAGUGAAGAAAGGGAAGACAAAAAAGAAACUGGAGCCCAGAAAAGCUUACAGUUUAGAGGAGGCCCAACUGGAGAUCCAGCAGCAGUCCAGAAACUUGAGCAGGCAGGUCCCGCUCAGAUCUCAAACGUUUGAUGCUGACCGGACGCUCGAAAGGACGGACAGCAUCAGCUCACGAAGUAGUUUUAUAAAGCACAAUAAAACAUUCCAUAAACUGUUCCCAGAUCUACCUGAAAGUGAGGACCUAUUACACGCCUACAUCUGUGCUCUGCAGAGGGAGGUGCCAUACCACGGCAGACUGUAUAUUACAGAGCAGAACAUCUGUUUCUACUCAUCUGUGCUGCUCAAGGAUACUAAGGUGGUGAUUCCUGUCUCCAGCGUACACUUGCUGAAGAAGCAAAACACAGCCUUGCUGGUGCCAAACGCUCUGUCCAUCCGUACCACAGGAGGAGAAAAGUAUUUAUUCGUGUCCCUUCGGAACAGGGAAGGCUGCUACAGACUUCUGCAAAGUGUUUGUUUCCAACUUGAGGAUGGAAGUGCAAACAGCAGUCCCCUGUUCUCCUCAGCUGAAAAUAGCUUUGAUCAAAACAAACUCGCUAACUCGAGUCAGUCCAGUCUGGAGGACUGCUAUGAUCAGUUGGACGGCGAAGAUUCCAGCCUCCUACAGAGCUCUCCCUCUACUCGCCUCACCAGAGAUGCACUCGCAAACGGCAACCACCCCACACUGAGGAGAUCUCACAGAGAAGUGGAUGAAAGCUCUGUGGAGGACUACUCAGGUGCUUCAUGGAUGUGGAGUAUGACAGGCAGGGCCCGCUCCCUCCUCAUCCAGAGAGAAACCAGCAACCUCAACACUCUCCUUCUAAUCUACCUGAUUCUGGUUGUUCUACUUUUACUCUCUUCUGGUUAUAUUGGUCUGCGUAUUGUGGCUCUUGAAGAACAACUGACUUCUCUUGGAGCAUUACCUGAAUUCACACUACAGAGUGGGUAUAAGGACACAUAACCACUUCCGAAGAAAGAGUUGAAAAGACUGAUCAUCCUGAGGAACUGACACAUCGCUUACUGAAAAUCCACUAACAGAAAAAGACUCUCAGACUCUCUGGACCCUGCAUGCAGAGGAUGUUCCUGUCCUCAUAGACUGUCAUAGAGUGGUUUUGUUUGCUUGCUUGCUCGUUUGUUUUAUAAAACAAAACAUGGUUCAUUUUAUAUCCCAGGACUCUCAUAGACUUUCUCGCCUGUCGAGUUUUUCAGAUUUGUUGAGAAGACCAAAGGGCUAGCUUUCAGUGAGCGUGUUUGGUUUCUGCGAGCGCAGACAUGUCUCGACUCCAGAUCACGGAAUGCCAAUGAACUCCCCCUGCAAGGGUUCAACUUACGUGCCAGCUUCCCUCCAUAUGUGUCCAAAAACAACCGGUUUGGUGCAUAGGGGCAAAAAAAAAACAAAAAAACUGUUAAGGUGUAGUGAUGGAGUCAAACAGCUCUUUCAACAAAAUCAAUACAUUUCAGCCAUAUUCUGUGUUUAAACAGUUCUUUUGAUUAUGCUCCUUGGAUUUGUGUCUAUGCAGACAGCCCAGACGGUAUGUCUCACUACGCACGCUGCUUUGUAGUGUUUAAGCUUCUUGUUCCAUCAAAGCCUUUGUACCAUAGAGCUGCCUUGUGUAAUAACGAGGUAUGUCUAAUUUUAUUCGUCUUCACGGACAGAUUUUUUUGUCUCCCUCUGGGCACAUCAUGGCUAAAGCUUUAGGCCAAGCAAAUGUCUGCUGGCAGUAAACUGAUUUGAGCUCCUUUCUUAAAGAUAGUUUUCUUGUCUCAGUUAGUCUAGCUGAUGCAGCAUUCACUCCUUGCUUUGGCAUUAUCAAAAAAAGAAACAUUCAUGAACCAAUGCUCGGUGGUCAACCUCAAGUAUUACUGGAUGUAUGCAUAGUCAAUGCA